CCUGGUCGGGAAGGGUCAGGUCAGCUGUGUCCGGCGGAGGCAGCUGCUGACCCAGCUGUGGACUGUGCCAAGGGCAGGGACGGAGGGGCACGAGCCCUGGGCCCCUAGCGGCGGGGGCUGUUUCAUGGACCACCUCUGGACGCCUCUCUGGCCCCGGAUUGGCUCCCUCUGUCUCUUGCUGGCUGGGGCCGCCUGGGCACCCCCACCCAACCUCCCAGACCCUAAGUUUGGGAGCAAAGCGGCCUUGCUGGCUGCCCGCAGGCCCGAAGAGCUUCUGUGCUUCACCGAGCGCUUGGAGGACUUGGUGUGUUUCUGGGAGGAAGUUGCAAGCGCUGGGGUGGGCCCCAACAACUACAGUUUCUCCUACCAGGUCGAAGGUGAGCCGUGGAAGCCGUGUCACCUGCACCAGGCGCCCACGGCUGGUGGCAUGGUGCGCUUCUGGUGCUCGCUGCCUACGGCAGACACGUCCAGCUUCGUGCCCCUAGAGUUGCUGGUCACAGCAGCCUCCUCGGUCACUCCGCGCUAUCGCCGUACCAUCCACGUCAAUGAAGUGGUGCUCCUGGACGCCCCCGUGGGACUGCUAGCGAGGCUGGGAGACGAGGGCGGCCACGUGGUGCUGCGCUGGCUCCCGCCGCCUGGAGCACCUAUGACAACCCACAUCCGCUACGAGGUGGACGUCUCCGCUGGCAAAGGCGCGGGGGUUGCUCAGAGGGUGGAGAUUCUGGAAGGCCGCACUGAAUGCGUGUUGAGCAACCUGCGGGGCCAGACACGCUAUACCUUCGCUGUCCGUGCGCGCAUGGCCGAACCGACAUUCGGAGGCUUCUGGAGCGCCUGGUCAGAGCCUGCGUCGCUGCUGACAGCUAGUGACCUGGACCCCCUCAUCCUGACGCUCUCGCUCAUCCUCGCGCUCAUCCUGCUGCUGCUGGCCGUGCUCACCCUGCGCUCACACCACCGGGCUCUGAAGCAGAAGUUCUGGCCUGGUAUCCCAAGCCCCGAAAGUGAGUUUGAGGGCCUCUUCACCACCCACAAGGGUAACUUCCAGCUGUGGCUGUAUCAGAAUGAUGGCUGCGUGUGGUGGAGUCCCUGCACGCCCUUUACAGAGGAUCCACCUGCCCCCUUGGAAAUCCUCUCUGAGUGCUCCUGGGGGGUGACACAGGCAGUGGAGCCAGGGGCAGAUGAUGAGGGGCCCCUGCUGAAGCAUGUGGGCAGUAAGCAUGCCCACGACACCUACCUGGUGCUGGACAAGUGGCUGCUGCCUCAGAGCCCACCCAGUGAAGACCUCCCAGGCCCUGGUGCCAGUGUGGACAUAGUAGCCAUGGAAGAAGGCUCAGAAGCAUCCUCCUGCUCAUCUGCCUUAGCCUUAAAGCCCAACCCUGAAGGGGCCUCGGCUGCUAGCUUUGAGUAUACCAUCGUGGACCCUAGCUCUCAGCUUUUGCGCCCUCAGGCACUGCCCUCUGAGCUGCCCCCCACCCCACCCCACCUAAAGUACCUGUACCUUGUGGUGUCUGACUCUGGCAUCUCAACUGACUACAGCUCAGGGAGCUCCCAGGGAGCACAAGGGGACUCAUCAGAUGGCCCCUGCUCUAACCCUUAUGAGAACAGCCUUGUUUCAGCCCCUGAGGCUCCACACCCUAGCUAUGUGAUCUGCUCUUAGGACACCAGCAUGCAGACACUUGGAUAUUAAAUAUGACCCCAAGUGCCAGUGCAAGCUCAAGACUUACUGAACAUGACAGCAAGUCCUCCUUCAGGGCUAGGGCCCUG